AGAAAUGGCCGGCGAAUGUCUUGGAUCGGCGUAUCCUAGAUACAGAUAUGAAAAUUUUGUUUCAAUACAUCCCAAAAACGACGAAAUCGUUUGGGUUAAAAAACGCUACACUCCCACUGAUCUUAGACAAACUGCACCAACGUCAAGACGGAAAUUUGUAGCGUACCCUGCGAUCAAAUCUGGUGUACCACAAGUUUGGAGACGACCAGUUGAUGCACCAUCACACAUAUUUGCUCGAGAUUCAGAGGAAUCGCGAUUGCUUCCAUACUCUCAUGCAACAAGAUGUGAGGAAUGGUCAACUCUGCGACAAAUUUUACCUUCAGUGGGGUAUAUACAAAUGAAAGCUUCCCCAAGGUGGGGCACGGGGCCACCUCACAAAUACAUAAAUUACAAUAGAAAAGCACCAAGUCGUUUUCCCCAUAUCAACAGCCCAAUGACCAGGUAUGUGGAUGAUAUACACAUUAAUCACCAAAGAUUUGACCUAUACUAAAGACAUUGGUUCAGGGAAUGGUAGACAAAAUAUUAACAUAAUUUUCAAGAUAGUUAAAUUUCAUGGAUUGUUGUCCAAUGUUUAGUAUGAAGAAAAUCACUUGCUUUA